AUGACAAUGACUGUCCUUGGUCGGGUCAUUCUGACAAUCGGCCGCCGCGUCUACCUGUGCGCCAAAACCGCUCACUCGAUGGUGGGGGUGGAGGUAGUGGUGCGGGAGAUCAGGGUAGUGGUGGGGGUAGUGUUCGUGCUCUCCGUGGUAACCGUGAUGGUGACCAUGGUGGUGGUGGUGGUGAGGGUAGUGGUGCUCGUGAUAGUGACCGGGGUGCUCAUCGUGAUGGUGGUGACCCUCGUAACCCUCGUGGCCAUAUUUUAUCCUGUCCCGGAGCUACCUCCACCUCCGCGCCGAAGCUGCGCACCCGAUGGGGGUGGAGGUAAUGGUGGGGGAGACCCGGGUAGUGCUGGUCAUGGUGUUCGUGCCCACUAUGGCUCGAUAGGGGUGGGCAGUGGUCGCGACACCGGGCGCCGGGAUGUGACCGACGACGACGAGAUUGACUACAUUUUAGGCGGACUUAUGAGGGAUGGCGACCCGAACCGGCCCUGGCCUGAGUCCGAGUCGGGACUCAAGUUUGAGAUAUGCGAGAAAUAUUUAGCAAAUUGGAUGGAUGUUUUGGAAUACGUGUUAACAAAGUACCCUGAUCACUCGGAACUACAUACAGUCAUGCGCGUAAUGAUCAGCGAGGCACUUCGGAUCAGGCAUAUUAGCUGUUUCACCAGCACUGUUCACACGAGUAAACUAUUAAAAUUUCACAAAGAAGUUAAUAGUAAAGCCGAUACAAUUAAGGGACUCCGGGAACAAGCGAUUAACGUGUUUACACUGGCCGCUCAGCCCACUGGUAAUAAUUUUACCUUGGAUGAUAUUUUCUGUUUUCACAUGUGGUUUGCCCGGGAACGGGACUCCCUGCUGCCGUCCGAUACACAAAAAUACCAAAACUCGCUGAAAGAGAAAUCCCAGAAAUCAUUGAGCAAGUACUUUUUGAAAGUGGUCGGCCAUAACAUACCCAAUGAGUGCGAUUUUGCCAAAUUGCGUACAAACGCGCCCACAAUCACCACUGAAUCCAAGCGCCAGUCCAUGGGUUUGGCGCUCAUUGAGGCCUUUGCCAAUCAAUUAAAAUCAUGAUUAAAAUAUUAAAUUACUUUUAUUUAUAUAAAUUGAAAUAAAUC